GGGGUCAAGAUGGCGGCGGCGGCGUCGGGCCGGUGCGGGGCCGUGCUGGUGCUGCUGGCGCUGGCGCUGGGCCGGGCCCGGGCCGAGCAGACCGAGGAGCACCUCAAGCGGGAGCACUCACUGUCCAAACCGUACCAGGGUGUGGGCACGGCCAGCUCGGGGCUGUGGGACCUGCAGGGUAACGCCAUGGUCAUGACCCACUUCAUCCGCCUCACCCCUGACGUGCAGAGCAAGCAGGGAGCCGUCUGGAACCGGGUGCCGUGUUACCUGCGGGACUGGGAGAUGCAGGUGCACUUCAAAAUCCACGGGCAAGGCAAGAAGAACCUGAACGGGGAUGGAUUUGCCAUCUGGUACACCAAGGAUCGCAUGCAGCCGGGACCUGUCUUUGGAAGCAAGGAUAACUUCCUGGGCCUGGGAGUGUUUGUGGACACGUACCCGAACGAGGAGAAGCAGCAUGAGCGUGUGUUCCCCUACAUCUCGGCCAUGGUGAACAACGGCUCCCUCACCUACGACCACGACCGCGACGGGCGCCCCACGGAGCUGGGGGGCUGCACGGCCAUGGUGAGGAACCUCAACCACGACACCUUCCUGGUCAUCCGCUAUGUGAAGAGGAGGCUGACGGUCCUGAUCGAUAUCGAUGGCAAGCACGAGUGGAGGGACUGCAUCGAUGUGCCUGGCGUGCGCCUGCCCCGUGGCUACUACUUUGGGACCUCUUCUGUCACUGGAGACCUCUCAGACAACCACGACAUCAUCUCCCUCAAGCUCUACCAGCUGACAGUGGAGAGGAGCCCGGAGGAGGAGAAGCGGGACAGGGAGGUCUAUCUGCCUGUUGUGGACAACCUGAAGCUGCCAGGAAUGGAGGCACCGCUGGAGCCCAUGAGUGGCCUGGCUCUCUUCCUGAUCGUCUUCUUCUCCCUCGUUGCCAUCGUCUUUGCCAUCGUCAUCGGAGUCAUCAUCUACAACAAGUGGCAGGAGCAGAGCCGGAAACACUUCUAUUGACUUGGGCAUAGCCUGGGAUAACCCAUGGCUAGUCCUUGCUAGCCACCUCCUGCCUCCCACCAUUCCCACACUGGCCAGAGCGUGAUGGACCGACCCCCAUGGCAGGGACCUUUGUGUCCCCCAGGAUCCCACCGGGAAUGCUGCUUCAUGUUGGGCUCCAGUGCUGCUCCUGGUGGGAGCUGCAGUCCCCAGCAUGUCCUGAGGGCUGCAGGGAUGGAGCUGCCACCUCCUGAUGGAGCCUGGCUUUGGGAAUGGUUCAGGAGGAUGUGGGGAUGUGGGCAGGAGGCACCAGCUCAGCUGUGAGCGAUGGCCCAGCACCUGUUUCCAUACCAGAUCCCUCCUUCCCUCUUGUCUCCAAGCGAUUCCACUUCCAGGAGGGAUUCUCCAAGCUCUUCACCCUGCUCUGGCUGCUCCAUCGCCUGCCUUAGGCUGGUGCUGGAGCCCAGACAGCUUCUCUAUGUCCUUGGAUCCCCGCACUGGUGCUGUUUGCAUGUCGUGUCGUGGCUUCCAGCAGCUUUCCCCUCGGUGCUCGCUGCAUCCCAGGGCUCCUCCAAGGAUUUCCCUGCCUUGGAGCCGGAGCCUUUGCUGCCUUUCAGGGAGUUGUGGUUGAAUCCUACCUCAGGGACUGCUUUGGUCAAUGAUUUCUUGGUGUUCUCUUGCUGGUUGUCGCAUCCACUCUCACCUCUGGGGACCCCAGCACAAGAUAAUGGUGCCCAGAAGGACCCAGGAGCCAUGAGGUCAGUUUGUGCCAAGGGAAUCUUUAAUGGCUCUGGGGACAUCAGGAUGGCAAAUCUGCAGCCCCAUCCUUGGCAGUGCCCUCCCUGAUGGCAUCCUGGGAGCUGUGUCCAUGCCCUGCAGCCUUCAGGGCCCCCCCAGCCAGGAUGGAUCCCUGUGGGGACCCACAGUAGGGGGGGCACACACAGGGCUAUGGCUGGGAGCCUUCCUCCGAGUGCCCAGCACUGGUUGUGGUGCAGAAGGGUUUUCCUGGGGUUUGUUCUCUUUUUGCCACACAACCACAGGUGAAAUGUGGAGCUCUUCUGGUGUCUCAGAAUAAACAUUGGUGUGUGUGUGA